CGUUGCUUGCCUUCCCAACGCAGGACGCCAUUCGCUUUUUUGGCCCUCGUUCAUCUCCCUACCUUAGUUUUUCGCUCGCCAUGAUCCUAUAAAUAGCUCUUCCUGACCGCGAGUCCCAAAGUCGGCAGCCAUGGCCAGCGCCGCAGUCAACACUGCGAGCCGCCAGCUCAACCCAAUGGCACUGCCACCGAUGCCCCGUAUCAGACCUCCAAGGCUACUGAAAGGCGAUCCUCAUCCGAACAACAACCCUCAACCUGCAGGCGAUCCACCCAAGAAACCUCUGGUCUGGUUGCAGGGCAGAUGGAGGGAGCAAAGCUCAAAUGCCUUCAAGCAACAAAAAAAGAUUCUCACACGCCGGGCACUCCGUGCCUUGCGACAAAGAACUCAUGGACUGGACAUAUACGCAUAUCGUCAUGUUCAGACCAACCAGGUGGUCUACAGCCUGUCCAGAGCACUCCAGCAAAAUCAUAUUUUGAAGCAAUUGAUCUUCCAUGGGAAGAAGACUGUACCGGCUGAAGUCAGGAGAGAUAUGUGGAUGCCAUACUUUUCGAUGCAUUUCCCUCGUCACCCUGCGGGCGUCUAUGCUGGCCUCUUGGCCUACCAGAAGUUGAGAGACUUGUCGACACAAAGACAACUCACAGCCCCCACCUCUUUAGUCACUACAACAGCAGAAGACGUCGAAACCGCCAAGGAAAGAUUGGGAGAUCCCCUUCAAAUUUACGACUUGAAAGAUUCGGAAGAUCACAGGGAUAAGCAGAAGUUGGUAGACCGCAUUCCCAGUGUUGGGAGUCUGCUGCCCAAGCAAGUCCGGGCCAAGAGACUGAUGGACCACAAAGCUACAAGCGUGGCGGAUGCAGCUUUUGUCCUUGACUGGAUCAGCGCAGGACCCAAGCCUCUAGAAAAGUUGAUCGCCAUUGAGCAGCAGCGGUUGGCCCGGUACAAGGAGAGUUCGACCAAGAAGCGAAGAAAGAUCAAUGCCCUGGCGAGGCAGGCAAAGAAGCAGGUCAAGACCAUCAAGACAACAACAACUCCUUACAACCGCACUCCCGACCCUCUCUUGCUGCCAACCAUCAAGCGGUUGUCAUAUGAGGACAAUGUCUUGAAGGAUGAAUUAACUCUAUUCCAAAAUUCCCAGGAGGGAUCAACCCUUGCUCCGGCUCUCCAGGAAUGGGAUGCAUAUAUUUCCCUCGAUCGCAAAACCUUUGACGCAGCAGAACACCAAGAACGGGCCGCCGUUGCCCGAAAGGCAGAAUUCCAAGCCCUUAAAAUCUGGUACCUGCAAUCCCAACUCGCCGGCGGCGAUCUUGAACCUUCGUUAUGGAAAUUCGUCAACCAACAACGCGAAGCUUCUCUUGAAAACCUCGGCGAAUUCGGAAAAGAACGAAGACGCGACAUUGUCUUGAAAAGAGCCGAAGCGGAAGCCAAACAAGCCUUCGAAAAGAUGACCAGCCGCACAUCUGACUCAUCCUCCACCACCCCCACUCCCACUUUGGAAGACCUCAUCGCCAAAAAGCAAGAAUCCGCCUUGAAGGGUCUAGAAAAGGAAGAAUCUCGAAGAAGCGAAGCCCUACAGAAACAAGAAGCCAAGGAGAAACCCUCCUGGGCUGAUAAUUGGGACAUUAAAGUGUUUUGGGCCGAUCUCAACGAUGGUCGAUUUGCCAAGUCAUGGCCGCAAAAUAUCGUUCAUGGCGCAUUGCCUCCUUUGGCGGUAAAGAGAAGCUUUAGUCCCAAUCUCUUCAGUCCAGUUGAUGGCUGGGCUUCCGAGCAGAUGGUUAAUGGUGGACGAUCUCGAUCAGGAUCAGCGUCAGGGUUAGGACCGAAGUCGGUGCUUCCUACUUCACCCUCGGAAGGGUCAUCGUCAUCGUCGUCGUCGUCGAUGCCGUCGGCAGAUGCGCCGCCCGCGGGGCUAUUCAACCGGAUCAAGCGUUUGUUGGGUCUAGGAGCAUGAAGAAGGGCUGGGGUCUGACUUUCGGUUGGCCGUUGUGCAUGCUAUCUAUAUGGUGGUAUGACUCUUCGUUCUGACCAAAUGUUCCAAUCAGGUUCCAGGAAUAAUUGUAUUGUAGAGAUAAAAGGGCCUCAUCAUAUAUAGGUCAAGAUCUGUACUUUGUAUCAAAAUCUCCAACCUAAAGACUGUACCGGACCGAAUUAUAUAUUAUUUGCGUGGGGUUACACAGGUCACUAUCUUAUGUAAACCAAUAGCUUUUGGAGAAUCAAUGAGAG